AUGGAGAAGUCCCUGGAACUGGCCAACACGACCAGAGUCCAAGAAUUUGUCUUGCUGGGUUUGUCCACCAAGCUGGGCAUAAGGGACGCCCUGUUCCUUGUCUUCCUGACUCUCUACGUGCUGACCCUCCUGGAGAACACGCUCAUCAUCUACCUCAUCUGCAGCCACAGUGAGCUCCACAAACCCAUGUACUUCUUCCUGGGCAACCUCAGCUGCCUAGAGAUGUGCUACGUGUCGGUGACCAUGCCCAGCCUGCUGGCGGGGCUGUGGACCGGACCCUGCCAUGUGCCCUUCACAGCCUGCAUGACUCAGCUGUUCUUCUUCAUCUCUCUCAUCUGCACAGAGUGCACCCUCCUGGCCUCCAUGGCCUAUGACCGCUAUGUGGCCAUCUGCCGCCCUCUGCACUACCCACUGCUCAUGCGGCCCCAGGUCUGCCUGGGCUUAUCUUUGUCCUCAUGGCUUGGUGGGCUGGUGGUCUCAGUCAUCAAAACAGCAUGCAUUGCUAGCCUGUCCUACUGUGGCCCCAAUGUUCUCAACCACUUCUUCUGCGAUGUCUCCCCUAUGCUCAACCUGUCCUGCACCCACGUGUCCCUGACAGAGCUGGUGGACUUCGUUUCUGCAAUUGUCAUCCUUUGGGGUUCCCUGCUCCUGGCCAUGGCCUCCUAUGUGGCCAUUGGUAGGGCUGUGCUCCGCAUGCCAUCAGCUUCUGCCCGCCACAAAGCCUUCUCCACCUGUGCCUCCCAUUUGCUGGUGGUCGGCAUCUUUUACUCAGCCACAAUCUUCAUCUAUGCCCGUCCCAGCCGCAUAGAAGCCAUGGACCUCAACAAGGUGCUGUCAGUCAUCUACACAGUGGUCACACCCAUGUGCAAUCCCAUCAUCUAUUGUCUGCGCAACAAGGAGGUCCAGGCAGCUUUCUAUAAAACCCUGCACUGGUCCUGA